CGUCAAUCAACUUCACACCCCGCUUCUGUGCAAAGUUGAACCACGCGUCAAAUCUCGGUGGGGGAGGCAUCUUGUAACGACGUCGGUAUUCCUCCACCGCAUCCUUGAGCGUCUCGGAUUGUCUGGCACGGACAUUCUCGAACUUUCUAUUCGCGUUAUCGAAUAGCUGGGCGACUGGAUGGGAUUUGUCUGUGACGGUGAUAGGAUUCGGGAUGAAUAACGGAUUGUUCUUCCCGCUUUCUUUCACUCUCCCAGCUGGCACUGGAUGGCCCAGUAGCACAAACGAAAGCCCUACGAGGCAGACGACCGCCAAAAGGACGACAAACCGUUGCGUUCGCAUCCCCAAUUGACAAGUAACGGUCCGGACAUGUGUAGGGCGAAAAUGGGCGGCAUUCAGGAAGAGAGCAAUGGCAUUUUUGAGGGACGGCGUAAAAGGGAAGGUAUAGAUGUAGCCUUUGGGCCGGCGUAUUUGGUUCAAGGUAAAUAAAACUGUGAUUUUGGGAGGGUGCUGUUCGUGAUCCAGCGCCAAGCAGUUAAAUUUUAUAGGCAAGAAGGAUCCUUUGCCCUGAAAAAAAAAAAAAAAAAGAAAAAAAGUACCUAGGGCGCAAGUUUGUUCAGCCACUCCUGGAAGUGCUAGGACGAUGAACGCUCUGAUGCGACAGUGAGAGCGAGCCAACCUCUCGGAAUAUGUCAAGGCCCCCAAAGCGGUAAGCGCGAGGUCUGGCCUCCAAGGGUGACGAAUCGACAGGGAUUAGACGCGUGCCAAGCGACUCGGCGCAAAGCUUAACCGCGAUAGGCUUGGGGCUCGGUUGGUGGAGAGGACAGCAUAACGUCGGGGGUAGGAGCGACGCAGUGUAUGUACAUACAUGUACGGAGUACAGACCGUAAUAAUAAUGUAUGUACGGAGUACAUGUACAUGUACAUGGACAGUACAUUAUUACAUCCGUCAAGGCUCCUGAGACAAAUGACGAAGAAUCUGUCUCAAAUUUAAACAAACACCCAACCAAGCUUGAAUCAAUCAAAUAAAUCAACAAACUUAAUAGGAAACAAGGCCGCGAGGAGCAGACAAGGGAGACGAUCGCAUUUACAUAGAAAUAUCUAUCCACAAUAACGUCUACAUCGAUUCAAACAUAAGUUGACCUCACCUGUGACUGAAUACGGCUUAUCUCGUCUUGAAAUCCCUCUCUCUCUGUGUGUGUUAAAUUUGAAGCACACAUCCAGGCCGGAAGGACGGCCACUAACGGUGGAAUGCGCUUCCUCUUUUGUUGGUUGCUCGUUGAAAUCUAUAGAGUACUCAGCACUAUUUUUGGGGUUGAUAUUAAAUGUGGCAAGGCGCUGUUCAUGGAGAAUUACUGAGAACGUGUAACUAAUAACUCUACAUAUAUUUGAUUGAGGAGAGUGGAGUGGGCAUGGAUUGAAAAAAAGAAAAGAAGAACGGGCUAAACUCUCUGAAACAAGGAGAGGAGGAUAAAAAUGCUAAUUACAACGGCUCUAAGAAUAAUAAUAGUGGCUCUCGCCUUGGGAGUUUUGCCGUGUAGCUGGGGUGAUGAAAAUAUACGCCGUACUGCGUAUGUCGUCCACACGAAACCCCCGGUCUGUUGAAGACGAGCUAAGAUGCAUCUGGCGUUAGGAUGAAAUCACGUCAUUUAUAGCGCAAGCCCGAAACCCGAAAUAGUUGCAAUACCCCAAGACACCAGACCAGAAAGGUUCAUUAAAACGGGGCUCCAGCGCAAAGAACACUUAUCGUCCCGCAUUUCAUUCAUUUACAACUUCUAGAGCGGAUACCUAGACCAGGGACAACUUUCGUUGACCCUUCUCGCAGGACACGGAAAUCAUAGUUUGUGUCCUUUGCUGGAGAAGAACAUGGAUUGUUUGAUGUGUCGCGACUUGCCCGUCUUCUCGUCAAAAAGGCAAAACCCAUAAUGAGCAGCGUUUGGUGGUGUGUAUACUGUCACCAGGUUAGGUUUACCUCCAAAGAAGAUGGAAAAAGAUAAAAUCGUUCCCAUGAAUCGAAAUGCAGCAAGAGGGAUGGCACGUGUUUGGGCAAGUGAUGAACUUACAGUGAAGGGAAAUAGCAAAAUCGUCAGGGUCAGGAUUAGAGAUCUUAUGCAGGCCGAGCUUUUCGUUUUUAAGCUUGUUAGUGUAUGUUCUCCCCAGAAAGUUUCUAAAAAUAGGAUGGAGCUUGGUCCACGUCUUAUCCUCACCUUAUCUGACAUGUAAGUGACUUGGUUUUCUUUAUACACGGUGUCCUUGGUUAUGGACAAGGGUGAUGGCUCCCCCUUCUGUACCUUGUCCUCCUCGGGCCAUGAAUAUUGCGUCUCUCGCAGGGACCCUUUUAGUACCUGUGACGGGAAUAAUUGGGCGUUGGCAUGGUCAUGAAUGGCGCUUCCCUUUCCAGGGCUCCAGACGAGAAUAAGCUAUAUACCCUCGCCGUUAGCAUGUUUCACCCCCGAAGCAUCAUGGACAUCAAUCGAUCAAUGACUCCAAACAUCGCCAAGCCCAUCCGUGCCUAUGACUCACCAGAUUACAUUUACCAUUGCCCUCAUCGACCAGAUUUCUCGUAUAUGCUCUUCCAGCAUCGCCAAAGGCAUACCGUUCCCAUUCACUCUCGUUGGAGGUAUAGUCCUCCAUGAGCUUCUGGAUAUCCAUCGGAUCGACGUCGUCGGAAUCUAGACCUGAGCUAGGGCCAAGGACUGUGUUGAUGUCCUCUACUAAGCUGUGGAAUGCAUCGACGGGGGAGGCUUCGGGCGAGGAGUCGCCGUUCACGAGAUACGGCAUUGUGUCGGGACCUGUGCACUUGGGCCUGGAGAUUGAGAACGAGAGUAGAAAGAUGAACGUGGUUCGAGGAGUACGGCGAGGAAGAUAGUUCCUAUGAGGUAUUUAAGAAUUACGGCGGGCUGGGUGCAGGGUCUCUUAUAUGAAUGAAUGCAGUGGGACCACGGCGCAGGUAGGAGGCGGAGGCGGCGGAGAAAUCUUAUCAGAUGGAUGGAGAACUCGAUCACGCGGGUAGGAAAGAGCCCAGACCAGACUGAGCCGAACAAGCGGGAGGCGGCACCUGGGUGCAAAAUAGAUACUACUAGCUGAACAGGCGGUCAGGAACGAAAAGCACACGGUGGCUACUACUCGAGCCCGGCCCCAUAUACCCCUAUAUAUAUUUCGCAGUUCUAUAACGGCCCAAGGGAAAUCUUAACGUCGCCCAGCGGUUCGUCUAACCCUAACUUCCCCCAACUGGGAGCCUUAAAACCAAAGUUGGAAGCCCCCGAUGAGCCGAUUCCCCGAAUUUUGCCCCUGUUAAUCCGACACUAAGCGACUUCCGGAACCGUUCGGGACCAUCCUUGGAACCUUUUGGGAAUUCCACGCGAGGUCAAUGCCAAGCCUGACUAAUAAAUGACUCAGCGACAUUAUUGAACUUCCGGCGCCCAAAUCCCAACAUCAAAAUCGAAUUGACACCGAAGUCCACGCAAAAUCUCCGCUCUUUGAUAGCAAGACAGGUUGUAUAGAUAGAGCUGGCCUCAUCCGCUUUUUGAGUACCCCAUUCCAAUACCUGUUCUGCUUUAUAGAAAGACGAAAGUUACAAAUCCGCAAGCAUGGCGACAACUGUGGACAAGAUCAAGGAGAUCGAGACCGAAAUGGCUCGGACUCAAAAAAACAAGAACACGUCGUAUCAUUUAGGUCAAUUGAAAGCUAAGCUUGCGAAGCUAAAGAGAGAGCUUCUUACACCUACCUCUAGCGGUGGUGGCGGUGGACUUGGUUUCGAUGUUGCUCGCACGGGAGUAGCGAGCGUGGGGUUUAUCGGUUUCCCAUCUGUCGGGAAGAGCACUUUGAUGAGCAAAAUAACAGGACAGCAUUCUGAGGCUGCCGCUUAUGAAUUCACGACCCUAACGACUGUUCCUGGCCAGGUGAUAUAUAAUGGCGCGAAAAUCCAAAUUCUCGACCUUCCUGGUAUCAUUCAAGGUGCAAAAGAUGGCAAAGGUCGAGGUCGGCAGGUUAUUGCCGUUGCCAAGACCUGCAAUCUCAUCUUCAUCGUUUUGGACGUGAAUAAGCCCCUGACGGAUAAAAAAAUCAUUGAAGCGGAAUUGGAAGGCUUUGGGAUCCGGAUUAACAAGUCUCCACCGAACAUCGUAUUUAAGAAGAAGGACAAGGGUGGCAUUUCCAUCACGAGUACCGUGCCCUUAACGCACAUUGAUCAUGAUGAAAUUAAAGCUGUGAUGAGCGAAUAUCGGAUUUCGUCUGCGGACAUUGCGAUUCGGUGCGACGCGACAAUUGAUGACCUUAUCGACGUGCUCGAGGCGAGGAGUCGGAGUUAUAUCCCCGUUGUUUAUGCAUUGAACAAGAUCGAUGCUAUAUCAAUUGAGGAAUUGGACCUGCUCUAUCGAAUCCCGAAUGCGUGCCCGAUCAGUUCUGAGCAUGGGUGGAACAUUGAUGAAUUGCUCGAGCUCAUGUGGGAGAAACUCGAUCUCAGGAGAGUCUAUACAAAACCCAAGGGGAAAACUCCAGAUUAUUCGUCCCCGGUCGUUCUGCGGCGUAAUGCUUGCACCGUUGAAGAUUUCUGUAAUUCCAUUCAUAAAACCAUCGCAGAACAAUUCAAACAUGCAAUCGUUUAUGGUCGUUCCGUCAAACAUCAACCACAAAGAGUGGGACUCAGUCAUGAACUUGCAGAUGAGGACAUAAUCACAAUUAUCAAGCGAUAACAGUAUCAAGCAGAUGAAAUAAAACAGCACCAUGGAAAAAGAAAAGACAAGGUGGCCUAGCUAUACGAAUGACAACCAGCCAAAUGGCUUUCUUUUUCUUUUUUUGGUGCUCGAUGCACGAAUCAGUCGCCGCAAAACAUAUUUUCUCGGCCGGGACACACGACCCAGCGCAACGGAGCUGGACCAUGGCGAUGAUAACGAUCAUGAUACAUAGAAACAUACGUGGCCUUCUCGACCCGCACGCCCUUUUCCUCAAGACGAAUCAUGGGAAGCAUAGCAUCCAAGGAAUACGGAGGAAUAAACAAAAGUUAUUUUCUUUUUUGUUGAAUAAGUUUUAGCCUACGAACGGUUUCCGGCAUUGCUUUCCUUUCUUGGCAAAUUUAUAGUUUAAUCUUUUGACGCAUGUUAGAUUUUAGAUUUUAUACCCAAAUGGAUUUCAAGCUUUGUGUGUACUAUCUAUCGUACUUUGCCUAUGUCGUCGCCGUCUGUCGGGACUAUCACGGAGAAUGCAUAUAGGGUUCUUCUAUCUUUUUUUUUUCUUUUCCCGCCACAAGGAGAGAUGUCCACGUACAAACAUGGUCUUUAGGGCGGAUAUCAAAAAGAGUAAAACAGCGAACAAAAGAGCGACUCAGGAUUAUAGUGUUUUGCUCAUGUUGGUAUCCGCUUUCACAGGAAAAGCAGUGUAUUAACACAGGCAGUUCUUUUUCAUCUCCCCCCCCCCUCCC